AUGAUGCGCGAGCGCCCAGAGACUUGGGACUUCAGCUGGAUGGCCGCGGCCACCCAUAGCCUAGAGACGUACGAGGCCGCCCUGGAGACGUCCGAGUUCCCGAGUUUGCUGCUGGCGGCGCUGGACGAGCUGCUUCAAGCACCGGAAGCCAAUGCACUUCCGCUCCAAGAGCUGACCGACGUCUUGCUGCAGAUGAUCGAGUUCCCCAUUGACCUGGAGCUUCCUCAGGAGACCGUGGCGACACUGCAUUCGGCCAGGGACUGGGCCAUUCAGACGCUGCUGGACGUCCAUACUGCGCGACAGUGCAAUGAGGACAUUCUUCAGGCCCCGAUCAUGUCGGUGUCGCUGCAGCAGAUGCAGACAAAACUGUUCGUGUCGGCGCCAUGCAGACAAGCGGACGUGCAGAUGGAGCUGCACCAGUCGCUGCUGGCGGCACUAAAGGCCGAAGAGGAGACGGACACAGUGUCCGACAUGCUGGAGCUGUGUGCUAACAGUCUAGAGGACGACGCCCAGUUCCUGCAGUUCGCCGAAACCGCAUUGUCGGGCAAGGCCGAGUCGCUGGCACUUGGCGCCGCCUUCCUCCAACGCCUGCUUGAUCGACGAUCUAUGCACUUGCCACCUGACGAGCAGUUGAACGAAGGGAAGACUCUGCGAGGGCAACGACUAUUUGAUGCGCUCACGUUGGGGAGCAAAGUCCGUGUGUGGGCCAACCACUUGCCGAGCUGGCGGUCGCAGCUCCAGACGUGGAUGCUGGAGGUUCAUCGUGCACCGUUCAAGCCGAUCACCGCUGUGCUGCCCGACGGUUGGUGGCUUGAAUGUGAAUCGGAUGCUGAUGCCCCGGGUUGCGUUGCUCUUACCACAGCGUGCCAGCGCCAUUCUCACUUAUACGUGACUUUUAUCGAGUGGUGUCGGAGUCACGUGGACUUGCUCUCAUCGUGCCGAGCCUCGGAGCUCGCUAGUGUGUUGUCCGAAAGCACACGGCCCCAACACGUUGCUCGCUUAUUUAACCGCAAGAUGUUGAGCCAGGUCCCGCUGUUGGAUCACUCACCAAAUGGACGAGGGUGGUCCUCCAACCAGCGAAACCGAGCGUUCUUGGUGAUAGGCAGCAAUCUGGAGCAACUCCAAACUGCGUGCCCCGCUUCAGACAGUGUGUGGCAGUACGAGUGGAUCGGUGUGGUAGAGCGUCCUCAACUUCUUCACGAAGCACUGGAAAUCUCGUUUCCCAUCGACUCCAAUGGCCACAUGAACGAUGAGGCUCUAGCUGUCUGUCGCAGCGCCGCGCAGUUCUUUGGCUGGUUUUAUUCCUACUCAAGCGCUGAGUCCGCAAGUGAGAUCGCGGCGCUGGUCUCGCAAAUGUCGUCCGAGUUGAAGGUGUCAGACGUUCAGAGUGGUGCGCAGUGGCUGAGACGGAGUCGUCCUGCCUUCGGCGUACUCCCGAUUGUGCGGCUUCGUCUCGUUUGGUUUUGGCUUCUGAAGAGCAUCGACAUCUCGCUGCAGACUUCUGGAACAGCAUGCGACACCACCAUCGCAGCAGCGACGACCGAUGUACUGGAGUCGGUCGAGUACAUUUUCCGUCGCUUCACACCGCCCAGAGCCAAGAGACCCUUUCAAGUGGAGCUUGUGACGCAGUUACUUGUCGAACUCGAGUGGCGCGCACGGAAUGCCAACGCGGAGACCAAGCUUGCGUUUUUGGAUCGAAUUGAACCGCUCCGUGCCUGGCUGACGAAGAUCGUGCAGCUGAUGCAGCUCGAGGAGCAAACAGCUCAGCAAAAAGACGGCCGCAGUCGCUUCGGCACUCGCAGGAGUUCGGCUCAUGACGUCGAGCACUUGAUCGAUCGCCUCGAACAGUUUUCUGUGUGA